UAAUUGAAAAUCAAGUAAAGUUAAAUAAAUAUGAUUCUAUUGCGCAUGUAUCUAUACUUUCUAUUGGAUAAUUACUUAAUUUACCAAUGGUUGUUCAUCAUAUAAAUUUGUUUUAUAUUUUUUAAAAUUAAACGUAAAAAUAUAAAAAUGACAAUUGCAAUUGGAUUCGAAGGUAGUGCAAAUAAAUUAGGUAUUGGAAUUAUUCAGAAUCAGAAUAUUUUAUCAAAUGUACGGCAUACGUAUAUUACUCCACCAGGUGAAGGCUUUUUACCUCGUGAAACUGCACAACAUCAUAGAGAAUAUAUACUUAAUAUUCUACAAAAAGCAUUGGAUGAAGCUAAAAUAAUAUUGAAAGAUGUAGAUAUAAUAUGUUAUACAAAAGGACCAGGAAUGGGUGCACCAUUAACAGUUACUGCAUUAGUAGCAAGAACAAUUGCUCAGAUAUAUAAUAAACCAAUAAUAGCAGUAAAUCAUUGUAUUGGUCAUAUAGAAAUGGGAAGAUUGAUAACAGGAAGUAUAAAUCCCACUGUUCUUUAUGUUUCUGGUGGAAAUACACAGAUUAUUGCAUAUUCUCGGCAGAAAUAUUGUAUUUUUGGAGAAACAAUAGAUAUUGCUGUUGGGAAUUGUUUAGAUCGUUUUGCAAGAUUGUUAAAACUUUCAAAUGAUCCUAGUCCUGGUUAUAAUAUAGAACAAUUAGCAAAAAAAGGAAAAAAAUUAGUUCCAUUACCUUAUGUAGUAAAAGGAAUGGAUGUAUCUUUUUCUGGAAUUUUAAGUUAUAUAGAAGAACAUAUUUCUUCUUGGCUUGAUUCAAAAGAAUUUACUUCAGAGGAUUUAUGUUUCUCUUUACAAGAAACAAUAUUUGCUAUGCUUAUAGAAAUUACAGAAAGAGCGAUGGCCCAUAUAAAAUCAUCAGAAGUAUUAAUUGUUGGUGGUGUAGGAUGUAAUGAAAAGUUACAAGAUAUGAUGAAAAUUAUGUGCAAGGAAAGAAAUGCAACACUUUAUGCUACAGAUGAACGAUUUUGUAUAGAUAAUGGUGUAAUGAUUGCUGUUGCUGGAUUACAUCAAUAUAAAAGCCAAGGAAAUACUCCAUGGGCAGAAACAACUUGCAUACAAAGGUAUAGAACAGAUGAUGUACAUGUUUCCUGGAGAGAAUAAAUUAAUUUUAUGUAGAUUUGUAUAUGGAAUUGUUUAAAAUGUUCAUUGUUAAUGAAAUAAAAGUAAAAAAAAAUGUAUAUGUAGAAUAAUAAUUAAUAAAUUUUGAUUUUG